GAUGGAUACAAAAGGCAAGCAACAAGAAGCGUAGCUGUAAUACAGGGGAAAUCUUUAAGAGAAUCCACGAUCUAGCCAGGUUGCGGUUGUGUAUAUAUCUUGAGAAGGAAGAAAAAUGUAUAAGCUCGACCUUCCUGUAGAUAUGAAGGAAAGCGCUGCCAUAGAGAGGCGACGGAAUCGAGAGUUGCAGCGCCAAAGUAGGAUAUUCAACGCCCGUGUUCGAACCAUUGGGAUUGACUUGAAUGCGCUUAACGAGCAAGUGCAAGAUCGUACACGACGCGAAGUUGAAGAGGAGAGGCGACAUAAUGCGUUUGCUGCUGACAUGACAAGAAAUGAUAAAAUCACCAUCUUACUUCAGAAGCGUCAGGAACAUGAUAUGCGGGAGUUGAAUAAGGCUGUGAAUGAAUUCCGUCAAUCUCACCAGCAGCCAGAUGGUAGACGUGAAUUUGACUUGAAUGAUCCUGAUAGUUUGAAGAAAGAUAAACCUGCCAGGGUAUCAGAUGAUGACCCUCGUUGUGGAGUGGCAUCACUUCAGAAGUUUGUCGGGGAAGAUUUGAAUGGCAAGGCACGUGGAAAGUUACAGCAAGAACAGGCACGGGAAUGGAUCAAACAACAGACAAAUGAGAAAGAUCAAGCUUUUGCAAAUCAGAAGUAUGCAGACCAUCUUUAUGAUUUAAAGGCAAGAGAAAUGGACCAAAGAGCUUGUGAACUUGCCAGUGCUGAAGCAGAUUGCAGGCGCGCAAUAAAUAUGGCAACUAAAGACAUGAAUCAAGCUUUGGCCAGAGAAAGGAAGGCAAAAGAAGAUGCAGAGAAACAGCAGGAACAAGAUGACAACUUCACUGAAAUCUCUAACUCUUUGUUUGGCGACAUGCUUACAGAAAAUCCUGAUGUGGCCCAGAGUGCCUUUGGACCUCAUAGGGUGAUCGCUGAUCGCUGGAAGGGAAUGACUCCAGCUCAACUGGCAGAGAUAAGACGCAUUCGACAAGCACAGAUGGAGGAGAAGGAGAGACUGAAACAAGAGGAAGAAGAGCAGGAGAAGGAAUACAGUAGAUUGAGGUUAACACAGGCCAAGGCAGGAAUAAUAGCAGAACGUGCAAUUGAAAGAAAGAAAAAAGAGAUUGAAAAGGACCAGGCAGAUGAGAACAGAAGACUGGCAGCUGAACAGAGAGCCAAAAUGGAUUAUCUUGACAGCGAAGUCUACACCAAUCCCCCUACAGCAGCUUACUUUAUGCAGUUUAACACGACAAGUAGAUGAGGAACUCUCAAUAUUUUAUGAAAAGCUGUAACAGUUGUGAUAAUGCAUAAAAUUAUAAGGGAAACAUGCAAUUAUUUUUGACAACUUUGUCAGCUCCACAAAAUAGAAAUGUUAAAGAGUUUUAUACAGUUGUCACAAUUUUAUUGACAUUUCAAUUGUACUAUUAUAAUAUUUCUUUCUAACCUGUCUUGGUUGUAAUGUACAUUUAGUUUCUAGUAUGUUCAAGGCAUUUAAUAAAGAGUCUCUAAAGACUUAUGACACCAAUAAAAACAUGUGAUUGUCCACCACUUGUUUAACAUUUUACUCCCCAACAUCAGUAUGCAUAAUUAUUCUCCAUACAUUUUGUAGUGACAAGGUUAUGACAAAGAGAACUUGGUUAACAAUCAAGAGCUUCUUUAGUUGGUGAUUAUUUCCUUUAUUCUCAUGACUUUAAUGUUUGAUUCAAAGCUGGUAUUGUGAGGAGAAAUUAUGUGCUAGUCACUCUUGAGUGACUUUUUGAUGAACUUGUAGAUUCUCCUUGCACUUUGGCAGGUAGUCUUUUGUGAAAGAGAGAGAAGCAGAGAGUGCAUCAAAAGCCUUCAGAGGCAUUUCUCUGCACAUUCCUUUAACCCUUUGAGCCCUUAUAAGACACACCUAAUUUCACCUUACAAUAAUUAUCACCCCUGAAUCACACAUUAAGCUGGGGUGUCAUUAAGGGCCAGGCAUAGGGCCAAUUGACUGGCUGAGGACACAUUUGCCCACCUGGUUUGACCAUCAAGAGGAAGUCUGAAAACCUUAAUAAAAUCCCUGAUUGAGGUCAUUAUAGAAUGAAUCUAAAGUAAUCACCAACUAAAGAACCUCUGACUCGUAUACUUCUCUGAACUAUAAUUUUGAUGAAUUUCAUGUCAGCUUUAUUCAUUAAUUUUUUCAACUCACUUCGGAUUUCUGAAAUUUGACUUCUAUAAUCUUGAAACAAAGAAAAAUUUACAGUAACAACAGGCUACCAUUUAAUUCUGAGAUUUCUUCUAAACUAUACCAGCUUCACUAAACUCUUUAUAUGUACAUCAUUUCUUAAAUAUAUUCAGUUAGAAAAAAAUAAUGAGAAAUAAAACCUGGAUUGCAUUUUAAUUAAAAAUUCUGACUCCUGAAUUUUCUCUAGAAAUGUCCAGAGAGUACAUUAAUACUAUUUAUUUGACUAGAAUGAGGCUUAAAAAUAUACUGGUGAGACAAUAACAUUUUUAUUCAUAUUUACAUCAAACUUAUUGUUAAGUGUUGGAAAAAAAAA